CUCUCUCUUGAGGCACGCACGCUCUCUCUCUCUCUCUUCCUGGGACAAAGGUUAACAUCUCUCUCUCUAAAGCUCGCGCGCUUUCAGUGAUGGCUGACCAUCCCCGUCUCUUUCUCCCUGGUUUCAUGUCCACCCAGUUAUGCGAGGAGCUUAAAUUCAUACACAAAAGCAACUGUGCAGUGGGGUACAGACCACAUGUAUUGUCGACCAUUCUCUCUCAUCUCAUUGCCACUAACUCCUCUCACCUCAUCCUCCCACUUGUGGACAUCAGAGAAAAAUUGAAAGAGAGGGUUGAAGAGUUCUUUGGGUGUGAGUUUGAGCUCUUCAUAGAAUUCACAGGGUUAAUCAGUUGGAGUUGUGGAUCAAGUAUUGGAUGGCACAGUGAUGAUAACCGGCCCUAUCUUAAGCAGCGGCAUUUUGCAGCAGUUUGUUAUUUGAGCAAUCACAGUGAAGAUUUUAAAGGCGGACUUUUCCACUUCCAAGAAGGCGAGCCCGCAACAAUUGUUCCAAUGGCUGGUGAUGUACUUAUUUAUACAGCAGAUGAUCGCAACAUUCACUGUGUUGAUGAGAUUACAGAGGGUGAAAGGCUCACAUUAACGUUGUGGUUCACACGCGAUAUUUCCUAUGAUGAGGAUGCCAAGCUUCUCAACCUUUUCUCUCUAAAUAGCAAAGAUGAGGAUACAAAAUCAUGGAUUCCUUUAUCAGCUCCGAACAACAUGUACUGGUUUUCACCCUCUUCACUUACUGAACAUCACUUAGGUUAUGAUAUUCGGUGGGCAAGAGUACAUGCCCUUGGGUUCGAUCUUUACAUUUCCAAUGAGUUUGAAGACGUUGCUUGGGAACCAUGUGAUAUGCUUGAUAAGCCACUGAAACUGGGGAGAGAAGGCAAAAUAUUUGGGAAGGAGUUUGCAAACGCUUUACAUGCUCACCAGGUCUUGGAGUUCUACCGAUGGAAAGGCUCAGAACUGCAAGCUUCUAAAAGCAAGAUGAGCGCUACUCAUGGCCUUGAAAGAACACAUCUCUUAUCAGAUAUCACCAGUUACCGGAAACUCGCUUUCCCGGCAUAUUUUGAACCCAAAAGUGUUUUUUCCGAAAGUUUUCCCAUCAACUCUUAUUGUCAAAAUAUGCAGCCUUUUGAUUGGUCUGACUUCUCCAUGGCGGUUGCCUUAUGGGAGGACUAUGUUCAUGGGUUGCGGAGGAAACUUGUGACCAGUUUGCCUCAAUGGAAAUUGCAUGGAUCCAUAUUCAAUGUUCCAUUGCCAGAAUAAUGGCUGGAAAUUCCUAGGAAUUAUUGAAUUUUUGACACACAUGCAAUGAAAUUCAGCUGGGUUCCCCAAAAAUGGGGUAGGGAUC